GCCGGCACGCGGCGCUCGCGCUCCCAGCUUAAAUGAGCCUGGCGCCCGCCACUUCAGUGGAGCCCGCGCCACGGCCGCGGGCGGAGCUGCUCGCGCCUCGUCCCGUGCUUUCGCUUCGGCGCGCCUCAGCUCCGGGGCGGUCGAUGGAACGGGACGCCGCGCAGUCGGAGGCGGCGACCGUCGGGGAACGGGGACGACGCGGGACCCCGCCGAGGGGCUGGGGCAUGGCGGGCCGCGGCAUCUGAGCCCUGUCCCGCGGGGAGGGGAGGCAGCCUGCUGGCCGGCGAUGGGGACGGAGCGGGGCUGCAGCCGCCGCCGCGCAGGGCCGUGAGCGCCGCGCCGCCGCCGCCUCAGUCCCUUCGCGAAGAGCCGGGCCGCUCGGGAACAUGGCCCUGGAGCAGCUCUGCUCGGUCCUCAAAGUGUUCUUAAUAACAAUACUUGUAGUGGAAGGGAUUGCUGUGGCCCAAAAGACCCCAGAUGGACAAAAUAUUGGAAUCAAGCAUGUUCCUGCAACCCAGUGUGGCAUUUGGGUUCGAACCAGCAAUGGAGGUCAUUUUGCUUCACCAAAUUAUCCUGAUUCAUACCCACCAAACAAGGAGUGUAUCUACAUUUUGGAAGCUGCUCCACGUCAAAGAAUAGAAUUAACCUUUGAUGAACGUUAUUAUAUAGAGCCAUCAUUUGAGUGUCGAUUUGAUCACUUGGAAAUUCGAGAUGGGCCGUUUGGUUUCUCUCCUCUUAUAGAUCGUUACUGUGGCAUGAAAAGCCCUCCAUUAAUUAGAUCAACAGGGAGAUUCAUGUGGAUUAAGUUUAGUUCUGAUGAAGAACUUGAAGGACUUGGAUUUCGAGCGAAAUACUCAUUUAUUCCAGAUCCAGAUUUUACCUACCUAGGAGGUAUUUUAAAUCCCAUCCCAGAUUGCCAGUUUGAGCUCUCGGGAGCUGAUGGAAUAGUACGUUCUAGUCAGGUAGAACAAGAAGAAAAAACAAAACCUGGCCAAGCAGUUGAUUGCAUAUGGACAAUUAAGGCUACUCCAAAAGCUAAGAUUUAUUUGAGGUUCCUAGAUUAUCAAAUGGAGCACUCAAAUGAAUGCAAGAGAAACUUUGUUGCAGUCUAUGAUGGAAGCAGUUCUAUUGAAAAUCUGAAGGCCAAGUUUUGCAGCACUGUGGCCAAUGACGUAAUGCUUAAAACAGGAGUUGGAGUGAUACGAAUGUGGGCAGAUGAAGGUAGUCGACUUAGCAGAUUUAGAAUGCUCUUUACUUCCUUUGUGGAGCCUCCCUGCACAGGCAGCACAUUUUUUUGCCAUAGCAACAUGUGCAUCAAUAAUUCCUUAGUGUGUAAUGGUAUUCAAAACUGUGCAUACCCUUGGGAUGAAAACCAUUGUAAAGAAAAGAAAAAAGCAGGAGUAUUUGAACAAAUCACUAAAACCCAUGGAACAAUUAUUGGCAUUACAUCAGGGAUUGUCUUGGUCCUUCUCAUUAUUUCUAUUUUAGUACAAGUGAAGCAGCCUCGAAAAAAGGUCAUGACUUGCAAAACUGCUUUUAAUAAAACAGGGUUCCAGGAAGUGUUUGAUCCUCCCCAUUAUGAACUGUUCUCACUAAGGGACAAAGAAAUUUCUGCAGACCUGGCAGACUUGUCAGAAGAGCUAGACAACUACCAGAAGAUGCGGCGUUCCUCCACUGCCUCCCGCUGCAUUCACGACCAUCACUGUGGAUCGCAGGCAUCCAGUGUCAAACAAAGCAGGACCAACCUCAGCUCCAUGGAACUUCCUUUCCGAAAUGAUUUUGCACAACCACAGCCAAUGAAAACAUUUAAUAGCACCUUCAAAAAAAGUAGCUACACUUUCAAACAGGCACAUGAGUGCCCUGAACAGGCCCUAGAAGACAGAGUGAUGGAGGAGAUUCCCUGUGAAAUUUAUGUCAGGGGACGAGAAGAUUCUGCACAAGCAUCCAUAUCCAUCGACUUUUAAUAUUCCACUCAAGGUGACACGUGGGUUACUAACUACAUGAGUAUACAUUCUACACAAUACCCAUGCUAUUUCUGGCAGCCAGUCCCUUCCCCUGUCAAAACUAAGGAUGACCUUCAUCUGCUAUUAACCUGUUGUAAUGAUGACAUCUUUAUUAUCUCAGGCAGUCUAUACAUGUUAAAUCAACAAAGGAGCUUACUGUAUGCAGUGGAAAAAGUAAUAUGCUGCUGCUUGAUGUCAUAUAAACCGAGCACCACCGGUGAGAUGGCACUUGAAGAGGGGAGUGGUUGUGUUGAGCCAGGCUCAGGCUGCCUCCUAGUUUUAGCAAAAGGCGUACUGCUCUUGACUGAUAACCGCUCUGUCAAUAUUUUGGUCCCACCAUAAACUUAAAAAUAAGAUUUUCUUUUACAUAUUUUUUCUCUAACCUUGAUUGUUUUAUGAACCUACAAUUUUACCCUUUGAGUUUCUUAUAUAAAAAUAAGUGGUUCGUGUACCACAUACUUCAGCAUAGGCUUUUGUUCUGUAAAUGUGUCGAAAACAGCUAGUUACCAUGAUAAGUGCCAAUUAAGACCCAGAGUUGUGUUUCAUCCAUCUGUUUCUUGACUAAUUUCUCUACUUCUGCGUUUUUGUUACUGGAUGCUUAGUCCUUAUUUUCUGUGAGAAGUAGUAGAUGAUGUGAUUUAUCACCUUUAAAUCAUAUUUUGUGUUAGUUACACUAGAAGAUUUCAUAACCCUGGGUAUAUGCCAUUACCAUUACCAGUUAUGACUAAGAAUUUGAGGAAGAUAACAACUUCUAGUUAGCCUUUGGAAUUUCCCAAAUUUGGUCACAUUCAGUGAUGGCCCAUUCAUUCCAGUACACAGAGUGAAUUCACUUUGGGGGAGGUCUGCAGUUACAUAUGCAUUGAUUCUUACCUUCUUAUUUUUAUGAAAGAUUAUUUAACGCUCUGUGUUGGUUUAUCUUAGAACAAAUGCGAACCAAGUUUUAUGAGUUACAGGGAAAUUCCUAAGCAACUGUAAGCUUUUAGAUCACCUCUUACAUGGGACAGUACAUUUUUCUAGCUCUUAGCAAAAAUAACAACUUCCCCUUUUUUUUAAACUGCACUUUUGACCUUAUGUUUUUUAUGGUAUAUGAAACAAUAAUUUAUAAACAUGAUAUAAAAACUCAUUUUUUUUUAGACUUUUGAUAUUAUUUGAUACUGGACAAACUUUAUUAAAUCAAAAUUAAAGAUCUACACUACAGAUUUUGUUCAGUGUUCACAUUAGAAGCUUUGUGUACAAAUAUGCUGCGAUGGAACUAUACACUAUAAUUUGUUGUAAAGAACUUGGUAAUGUGUACAUAAGCUUUUUCUUUUGUUACUAUAUUUAGUUUGUGAUAAAUUCUUCACUGUGUGAUAUUUAUUGCUUCAUGUCACUACACAGAUCACAUACAUUGUUACAUGGUCCUUCAGUCAUGUAUAUUUUGGAUCUAAAAAAAUAUGGAAAGGGAUCCAUUUGCCAAAUUAUAACAGAUACAAGUACCAUUUAAAAGAGAGAAAUUCUCGUUUUAAUAUUUUUAUAGUAAAUUCUCAAAUGAGAAGUUGGAGUUUCACUGGAUUUCAUUUUAAAUAUUAUAUAGAUAUGUUCUCUUAGAUUAGUGAAAACUGUGACCUUAAAUAUAUACACAUAUAAAUACUGCCUCAAAAUGUGUUUCUUUUGUCACAUGUUUUAUUUUUAAAAAAGUAAAUAUCCAGGAGAUGAGGAAUCUACACAUGGUGCAUUUAUGAUUUAAUUUCCUGUUUUAAAAAUACAAUUUGGAAAGGCAAACAAAGUAAUAUUUUUCAAAGAGCUAAUACAAGAGACAUUGGAUAGUUUAGUUUUUUCAGUAACUAUGCUGAAUGGACACUUUUGUAGAUUACUUAUAUGAGGCAGCAUUGGAACUGCAUAGUAAAUAAUACAACUGUGGUCUCAUUCCUCAAAGUAAUGAAAGGGAAAUUAGCUUAUUUUAUAUGUAAAAUUAUAUCCAUAAAAGCUGUUAGACCCAUCAUAACCUAUAGGUUAUAGUAGAAAAUAAUGCAGUAUGCUUAACUACAUUAUCUAGUCACUUGUCACCAUAUUUUUAUUUCUCAGUUUGUAUUCUGCUUUCUUUAAAAGGGCUUGAAAAAGCCUACAAAACACAGAGCCUUUAAAGAAGACACUUUAACAUUCAGAUAGCACAGAAAUACAUGGUUUCCCAAGGGAAAUUUGGAUAGUAAAUUUGGUUCUAAAUUUUCUGUCAGUUUCUCCCUCUUACCAUAGAAAACCCAAACUUGGCAGCAAAGGCUACUUUUCUCUAAGACAUAAUGCUCUUUAUACAGGACAGCGUGGCCCCAGAAUUUUAAAAAGAAGCAGAAUUUGGACAUAAAGGUAAAUCUUAACCCAACAAAGGCGCAGCUAAGUUUGGGAGCAUUGGUUUCUGAUGUGUCUUUUUGCAGGGAAGGAAGUAAAGGACUAGACGAUGACCAGCUAAGCCAGCCCUAGACUGCCAUGGGUUUUGACUCCAUGGAGCCAUGGAUGGGUGUUAGGUCUCCGUUGUUUCUUAGCCACACUUGCUGUGGGGUAUAGGGAAAGAGAACAGAGCUAUCAAAUUUCAGGAGUUACUGCCAGAAUCUGACUGCUGCAGAUAUAAUCUUUCAUCUCUGAGUUUAGUGGGACUACUUUACAGAUUGUUUAAAGAGAAAGCCAUAAAUUUUAGUAAUGGAAGACAUGAAAUUUAGCCAUCUUGUUGAAGUUACAGCCUCUUACACGACCCCAGUGGUAAGCACGAGGAUACUUCAGAAAGUUUGUGGCAAAAUGAAAUCCAAAGGCAAGUGUAUUUUGGUGCAGAAAUUUUUUGAACCCAUGCACAGUUUUUUUAUAACACAUUUUUCAUGAACUUUCUGAAGACUCAUUAACAAAAUGUAAAUCUGGAAGAGGUAAAUAAUUUCAAUUCAGGGACAGAGUUAAAUUCACUUCCAUGAUAUUGUCAUCAUCUAUCCCAAAUUUAACUCAAAAUUUUAACAUUUUGCAACAUCUGAAAUAUGUCGGGAUAUACUGAGAUAUUCCUUUAUUCAGGAAAGGAGGUAGAAUAAAAUUUCAACAAAGUUUUUCACAGAUUUAAAAGACUCCUUUGAUUUAACAGCUCAUCUGUCAGUGUCAUUUCAUAUAAUUAUUCAGCAUUAAAAGAACUUCCUUACAUGCCUCUGAACAUUUUUGUAUCUAAUGAGGAGGAUGCAUGUUUGCUUCAGGAUUGUGUCAACUGGUGAGACAGGCUGGAAAAAACCUCACUGCAGUUCCAGGAGUCAUUCUCAAAGGAGACGAUGCUGUCAGUGCAAAGUGGUAUCUGUUCUAUUGAACAUAGUAAAAAUACGCCUUGAAUCACACUCGAGACCCAGAAGAAAGUUCGACUUUUGAGUGUUUCUAAAGAUUCAAGAAAGAUAAUUUGGUGCAACUUUAAAAGGGUUGAGAAGAUUGGAACCCGAAGAAUCCAAGUGAGUACCAUGUCUCAGAAGUCCUGCCCGAGUGCUUUUUCCUUGGUUUUAGGCUGUCACCCUGCUUUUGCUGGCUGUAAGUUUUAAAAGUCAAGCAGCUCUCAACAAUCCAGAUGUUCCAUUUAAGCUUGUCAUUCUGAUUUAAAAUGUAAUUUAUUCUAUAAUGGGUUUUUUCCCCAGAGCGUUAUAUUUCACCCUUUUUGUUUAUAUAUGUAACACCAUGUUGUUCUGUAAUUUUGUUGCCAUGAUUCCUUGGCACCUGCAAAUUCUGUAAGACAAUUAUUGUGAAUUCUUAAUAAACACUGUUUGUUAACAAUA